AUGAUCAAGAAGGGCCUUCAAGUCCCCGUCCCAACGGUGGAGGCAAAGCUCAACUGCUGCCACGUCAUUUAUAUGGUAGCUAUGAACCUGUAUCAUGAUCUUAAGAGACGACGGGAUGUUGCUGUGGCCAAGGCCAAGCAUGACGGCGAUUCACGUAAACGCGGUAUGUGCAAGGAUAUUCCACGAAACGAGAUCGUCCGAGAAUUACGGAACCUAAAGCCGCAAAGCGGAAUUAUGUGCACGAUCUUCGCGAAUUAG